ACAGGCAAGAUGAUGAAAUACUUUGGUGUCUUCGUAGCGGCGAUCGCGGUGCAUCAUGCAUCUGGCGAUGGAGGUUUUGGCUCUGGGGGACACGGAGGAGGACUCGGAGGACAUGGAGUGGCUGUCGGAGGAGGCCACGGCCUUGGAGGAGGACUCGGAGGCGCUGUCAGGGGCGGCCAUGGAGGGUAUGGCGGAGGCGUGGCCACCGGCUUCAGCGUGUUCAACCUCGGAGCCCCUCUUGGAGGCUACGGUGCCGGUGGCUCCUCCCUAAGGCGCGGUGGCCUCAGCGGGGGCUCCUCCUUGGGGCAUGGAGGCCUCGCCGGCGGCUCCUCCUUAGGGCACGGUGGCCUCGCCGGGGGCGCCUCCUUGGGGCACGGUAGUCUCGUCGGCGGCUCUUCAUUGGGGCACGGAGGCCUUGCCGGUGGCUCCUCCUUGGGGCACAGUGGCCUCGCCGGGGGCGCCUCAUUGGGGCAUGGAGGUCUCGCCGGCAGCUCCUCCUUCGGGCACGGUGGCCUCGCCGGCGGCUCCUCCUUCGGGCACGGUAGCCUCGCCGGCAGCUCCUCCUUGGGGCACGGUAGCUUCGCCGGCGGCUCCUCCUUCGGGCACGGCGGCCUCGACGGCGCUCAGUCCCUGGGAUUUGGCGGCCUUGAUGUCGGCCAUUCCGUGGGCCACGGAGGCGCCUUGGCCAGUGGCGUUCACGCCGGCGGCCUCGGGAGGGUGGUCGUCGCUCCCCUCGGGGACUCUUACGGGGUUCUGUAGGUCGACUGCAAGAUCUGCGUUUCCCACAACUGAUCAUUAUUUAUUGGAAUGGAAGAUGCAACCUGGAGUCUCACGUAUCUAAUAAAAAACACAUAAGUG